GGAGCCAUUGGGCGGUCCGCGCUAGUGCGCACGCGCGUCUGGACUUAGGUGGACCGAAGUACUGCUGGCCCAGCACCGGCAGUUGAAGUUGUUGCGCGAGUCCUGGAGAGCAAUUAACUGAGAAGGCUUGAAAGAGAAGCGUUGACUGUUGGGUCUGUGGGCAAGAUGGACUCUCCACAGAAGGUCGUAGACCAUCAGCCCUUCUGCCUCAGUCUGAAAUGCUUUGUGAAGACGCUGCGGUUGGUGGUAACUGUGGCCUCUAUGAUCUUUUUCAUCGUGGCACAAGCCCCUGAACCGUAUAUCGUUAUCACUGGGUUUGAAGUCACCAUCAUUCUCUUUCUCAUAGCCUUAUAUAUGUGCAGUCUUGACAAGACAAUGAGAUCUUUCUUUUGGCCUUUGCUUGAUGUUAUCAACUCGGUGGUAACAACACUAUUCAUGCUUAUUGUGUCUGUGUCGGCUCUAAUACCAGAAACCUCAACAAUGAUAAUGGUUGGAGGGGUGUUUGGUUUCCUGACAGUAAUAUGUACUGUUGCUGAUUGUGCCCUUAUGUGCCAGAAACUCCGGUUUCGUCCACAUGGACCUUAUCAGAACAGGUCUGCUACUGAUGUAGAUGACAGUUAAUUUUAUACUCAUUUUUACUAGUUAUUAAAUUCUUUAUACUUCCAUA